GGUCGCUUCCUUCACAGUGCAGCCAAGGUAACCAGGAGGAGUAACGACGAGCGAAGACCCUGCAGGAUGGCGUCCCAAGUAUCGCUAGUGACGGUGGCGGCGGCGGUGGGGAUGGUGGUGGUGCUGGUGAUGGGAACUGGAACUUACGCGCAGAUACCGACGGAGCAGGAUAAAUAUAACUACCUGAAGGUGAUGAUGGGGUGUCUGGGCAGCAGGACGGUCAUCGGGUGGCGGCGGCAGAUGGUGACGGCCAUGGAGAAGUGUGUGGGUGCCCAGGUCGCCACUCCUCCCUCGCUGGACCUCACGCAGUACUUGGAGAGUCUGGGAGUGACCACGCCGCCAACCUUCAUUCAGUUCCCCGUGUAUCAAGCUGGCCAAGCCCCACAACCUGCCAGGACGCCCCAGUUCACCCAGGUUGUAGCUCAGACGCCCCAGUACUUCCAGCCCUACCAGUUCACCAACAACCUGCAGUAUUACGAGCCGCAGCAGUUUAACUUGGCCAACCAGUACCUGAAGGGCUGGCUUAGUUUGAGGGCGAGACGUGGAGCAGAGACGGAAGCUGCCGCGACGGAGCUCAAGGAGGCCCUGGCGCAGAGACUGAGCAAUAUAACCUGUAUUCUGCGAGAGGUGAAGCUGCUGGACGACAACGAUCAAGUCAACUACGACCACGUGAGGCAGGAGUUGCUGAGCGCGACGGCGGGACAGCUUCGGGAGGAACUGAGCACGUCUGAAGGUUCCUGCCGCGCCUUCUCCCGGUGUGUGCCACCCCAUGGUCCCUCCGCCCACCCACUGGCUCGCCACCUGGGGCCAGCCAUCGUCUACUACAGGUGUAUGGCGCAGAAAAAGAUGGCUGCCUGCAUGAGACAAGACCUGCGCAAGAUCGGGGCGGAAAUCGGCUGGCAGGGCGGAGAUAACCCCCUGACGACCCUGCUGGAGACGCCCGUGCUGAAGCAAGUGGAGGACCUUAUGCUGGGAGAGUCUGGCAUCCCCGAACUCCUGAUCUAAGUGUCCCUCCUUCCGUACGAGCGAGAGUUGCGCCGUGGCGGUAACUGGUCAAUCAAACAGUAUUUGUAUGCUAUCAAUAAAACAAAUAUCAAAGCGUAAAAA